CAACUUUAGCAAGCUCUAACUUUCCCAAAGCAAGUGCAAUGCAAGAAUGCAACUAGGAAUAGUCUAUUUGGGUAGUUUACAUUAAAAAUAAGCAAUAAUCUCAAAUUUCAUUUUCGCGUCCAAGCCUCCCUUUAAGGAAGAACCCAAUUGUAAUUCAGUUAGUCUUAGUCUUAGUCUUAGUCCUAGUCUGCUAGUCUAAAUUCUCGAGCACUCAUCAUCUUCAAAUUCUCAAUGCUCGACCUCCUUUCGAUCUCCUAUCAGACUCUCAUCCAACUCUCAUUCAAUUCUCUCGACUAUCCCAAUCGAUAAGUCUAUAAUCGCACACACAUCUUGCUCACAUACAUAUUGUGCUUAUCAAUUUCAUCAUUAUUAAUAUUCACUGUUUCUUCCACUCUAACUCAUCUGUUAUUAUUAAGUGUGUUAACACAUACAUUUACAGUUGAGUUUUGUAAAUUGAUUUCUUAUUAUUACAACGCAACAUUAGUUUUUAUUUAAAAUAUUAUUUUUAAUUAAAUAUUAAUAAUAAUUACUCAAUUACAUGUACAUGUACAUUUAGGAUGAAAGAGAUAGGGAACCUGUUGGUAUAGGAAUUGAUCCAAUUCCAAUGGAAGAAGUAUCAGAAGAAAUAGCACAAGAAGACAAUGGAGGGGCUGAUGACUACUUGAAUGAAGAGUUUGAGGAAGAUUAUGAAGAAGAUUUUGAAGAAGCUAGCAAUGGAUCUGUUGCUGACGACAAAAGAGAAUCCUCUCCAUCUUCUGAUAUAGAUGAUGUACUCCAGGCUAUUGGUCAGGAGAAUGAGAGAGUAGAAGAUGAAUCCUCUCAAUUGCUACAAGUCAUAAGUCCUUCUGCUCCUCUUCCUCCUCCCCACCUCUCCCCUCGACCCUCCAUGACAUUCUCAGGAGCAACACAGAAACUAAAGGAGACAAGUAUAAAGAUUAAAACAAGAGGAGCCGAACUGAGCAACAUGAUAGAGAAAGACACAUUAAGCAUUAACCUAUUUGAACUACAACCACUGACUGAGUAUGGGAUGUAUAUGAGGAGCUUUGGACAAACAAACACUAGUCAAGUAUUAUAGUAUUAUUAAGUAUUAAGUAUUAUUACUAGUCUUGACAAUGUGUGUGAUGAAUACAUGUACAUAUAUGUCCAUGGAAUGUCUGUAAUCGUCCAUUUGAGUGAUCUAGUGUGUAAAUUGUUUGUACUACUAAUGG